CAAAGAUCAAUCAGCUGGUGUAGUGCGUGUGUGUAAUGACGUGUUCCUCUCGUCUUCUCAGAAAACGUUAUUUUUUGUCCAAAUUAGACGUUAUCUUGUCAGUAUAGGUGAUGCAGCAUAGGUGAAAGAAGCAAGUAUUCCGUGUGCAAUCGUUUCAACACAUCAUUAUCGCUUUUUCUGACUUUAAAUUCGAGUUUCGGUCACGCUUUUCUCGUGAUGGCUCUGAGCCUCUACACUACGGUCCUUGCGAGGACUCUUCUAGCGGUCGUCUACAUCUCGAGUUUUCCCGUCCUGGGUUCGAUUCCCAAAGAUAUGAGCACCCCUGAUAGCUUUACCCGGGCUGUGUUGGAUAGAUACGGGUCUGGUGGCAGUUUGACCGUACAAGGCUUGCAGGUUUUGCUCCGGAACGCGUCGAGUUGCCCCGCCGGGACUCGGCUGUGCAGUGGGCGGGAGGGGGCGGCAUGCGCGCCGCCGCAAGACUCGUGCAGCUCCACGUGUAUGUCAGCAACAGAGGUGCUACAGAUUCACAACAUGUCGGCAGACUCAGAGCUGAAUGCUACAGGACUCAGGGAGGUCUGUCCAACACUGCUGUACAACCUUGACCGUACCAAUGGCUGCCAAAGUCGGGGGGAGAACAGCACGGAGUCAGAGGAGCAUGGUGGAUCAGGACGGCCCAGCCCAGUUGAAGUGUGGGGAUACGGUAUAUUGUCGGUCAGUGUGAUCAGCCUGUGUUCUGUAAUGGGGGCCAUCGUCGUGCCCUUCAUGAAGAAGAGGCUGUACACCCUGCUGCUGACCUUCCUCAUUGCGCUGGCCGUGGGGGCACUGUCAGGAAGUGCGCUGUUCCACCUCAUCCCUCAGGCCUUUGACCUUCCCCCUGAGGAGUACACAGAGAAGGCAGCGGCCAUCUGGGCAGGGAUCUACCUGUUCUUCAUCACAGAGAGGCUGCUGAAGAUGGCGUCCAAACUACGACAAAAGAGGAAGGCCAGGAAGUAUGCCCAGCAGACAGGGAAAGAGCUGAGGGCAGACGUGGCAGUAUGUGCGGUGAGGGCACGCACCCUGUCACACGUGGAUCCCCACAUCACAGAACCUCCACGGCAUCACGGACACAGCCACGGUCACGUCUUUCAUAACCCAGACAGAGAUUCUACAGAGGACAGCAGCACAGAGGACAGGGAGAGUCAAAAGAAGAGAAGCUGUUGCCGGGCGCUGUGUUCUAACACGGACACCAUCGCGACCGUGGCGUGGAUGGUGAUAUUUGGGGACGGGUUACACAACCUGAUGGAUGGGCUGGCCAUCGGCGCGUCCUUCCAGGUGUCUGUCUUCAGCGGAAUCAGCACCUCGCUGGCUGUGCUGUGUGAGGAAUUCCCACAUGAACUUGGAGACUUUGCCAUCCUGCUGAAUGCCGGCAUGUCGGUGAGACAGGCCAUGUUCUACAACUUCUUGUCAGCCUGCUCCUGUUUCGCCGGGCUGGUUGUCGGGAUCGUGGUGGGAGACAACAGCCAGGUGGGGCAGUGGAUCUUUGGGCUGGCUGGAGGCAUGUUCCUCUACAUCUCACUGGUGGACAUGAUGCCAGAAAUGAAUGCUGUAGACGAGGAUGAAAAGAAAGGCCAGGAGAAGAGUCAGGACAUGGAAGAGAAAUCCUCGUCUCUGCUGCGGUUCUUCCUACAGAACCUGGGCCUGCUGGUGGGGUUCGCUGUCAUGCUGGUCCUGGCAAAGUUCCCCUUUGAGAUCUAAGUUGUAUCUUUAGCCAUAUUAAAAAUCAGUAGCCUCCUUUGAAAGGCAUUUUUGGAAUAUUACAGCUGGUACAUACAAGCCAUCAGCACAAAAGUGCAUUAAUUAAGGGUUAAUGACCCGCCCCGAGGUGAAUAUGGUGUGAUAAAGCCUUGUCAGUUGCCAUAACCACCGAAU